GAGUCUUAAUCUAGUCAAUUAACUAAUGUUAAAUUUAAAAUCCAACGUUGUGUCUCGGUUCGCUGCCGAGGCUGAUGCCAUGCGGGUUUCCCGGGACCUCUUGGAUCAGGAACUCGAGCGGAUCGACAAGUUGCCCAAAUUGGGGCUUUUGUGGGUGGAGUACAGUGCCUAUUGCCUGGGCGUUAAUAUUGCACCCCGAAAACGCAGCUCGGAGUAUUGUAGAUUAACUCGCAUUGCGGUCUUGAUUGUGAACUUGAGUAUCAUUUACAGCCUAGUGGCUUUUAUAAAGGAAAACUACAUGAUCUCCUUUGAGGCCUAUGUUGAGGCUGUUUUGCUCACCUUUCAACUGAGUGUUGGUGUGGUUAAAAUGUUUCACUUUCAAAGCAAGGUUGAGUCCUGUUCGCAGUUGGUGUUUUCUACGGAGUCAGGCGAGGUUCUUAAAUCUUUGGGACUCUUUGAUUUGGAAAUGCCCAGAAAGAAAGAGCUUUUAAGGAGCUUAAGCUUAAUAUUGAUUAAUAAUUGGAUGAUCAUUGAUAAACAGGUCAUGUUCUUUUUCAAGAUUGUCUGUAUGCCUGUUUUGUACUAUACAAUGCGGCCCUAUUUUCAAUAUAUCUAUGAUUGCUACAUUGUUAAGGACACUUGUGAAAUGACCUUAACUUACCCAGCCAUUGUUCCUUUUGUGCAGUUGGGAAAAUAUGAAUUUCCCUCCUAUGUGAUUCGUUUCUUUUUAUUGCAAUCUGGUCCUAUUUGGUGCUUUUUUGGUAAGUCAAUAAUAUUUUUUUUUUUUACCAAAAUUAAUUUUCUUUUUUUUUGCUUAGCUGUAUUUGGCUUUAACAGCCUUUUUGUGGUGCUCACUAGAUAUGAGUCUGGUUUAAUAAAAGUUCUAAGGUUCUUGGUGCAAAACUCAACAUCUGAUUUUUUGGUUCCCCAGGAUCAAAGAGUUAAAUAUCUUCAAUGUUGCGUAAAACUCUUUGCGCGAAUCUCAAGGCAUCAUUACCAAAUUGAGAAUCUCUUCAAAUAUAUCAUACUUGUUCAGUGCUCCGUUAGCAGUAUAUUGAUCUGUAUGCUGCUCUACAAAAUCAGCACAGUUUUGGAAGUUGGCUGGGUAUGGAUGGGCAUGAUUAUGGUCUAUUUUGUGACCAUAGCUUUGGAGAUCAGUUUGUACAAUUUGAGCGCACAAAAAGUGGAGACCCAGAGUGAGCUACUAUUUUAUGAUUGGUAUAACUGCGAUUGGUAUAAUGAGUCCAAGGAAUUCAAGUUCAUGAUCAAACUGAUGCUGCUUUUCUCGCGACGAACUUUAAAUUUGAGCGUGGGUGGAUUUUCUAAUCUCUCCCAUAAAUUCCUAGUGCAGGUAUUUCGGCUAAGCGCAAAUUUCUUUUUGCUACUGCGAAACAUGAACAACAAAUAAAACGAGCUUGGCUUAUACAA